AUGCCUAAAAAUUACCAGCAUGUUCUUGCCUUCAUCUUUGCAAUUCAAGAGAUCAACAGGAAUGACCAUCUCUUACCCAAUAUCACACUGGGAUUUGAAAUCUAUGACAAUGUUUUCAAUCCGCUGAGAGCCGUUGGGAACACUCUGCAGUUCCUCUUCACAGGGCAGGGGAAUCCCUUGAAUUACAACUGUGACGGGAAGCAGCAGCUAGUCCUUGCCAUUGGUGGGCUCACCUCCCCAAAUUCCAUGCAGAUGGCCAGUGUCUUCAAUACCUACAAGAUCCCACAGCAUGGCUUAUAUGUUCCAAAUCAAGACAACUGCACUGGGGAGGAGAAACUGGGGAGCCUCCCUGAAUCUGUGCUUGAAAUGGGCAUGUCUGGGCAGAGCUAUAACAUCUACAAUGCUGUUUAUGCUGUAGCACAUGCUCUCCAUACUAUUUAUUCUUCGAAAACUAAACAGAAGGAAAUUGAGAAACUCGGGGGAAAGAGUCUUCUGUUACGGCCUCUUCAUGCUUUUCUGAGCAAUAUCCAUUUCAACAAUAGUGCUGGGGAAGAAAUCUUUUUUGAUGAGGAAGGGAGCCUGCCAUCAGGAUACGAUAUCAUCAACUUGGUCACAUUCCCCAAUGACACCUUCCAGAAAGUCCAAACUGGAAGGAUGGAUCCCCUCGCUCGUGAAGGAAAAAGGUUCACCAUGGAUGGAAGUGCUACUGUAUGGAACCACAAGUUUAAAGAGAUGCAACCCCGUUCCCGGUGUGUCGAGAGCUGCCAUCUUGGAUCCAGCAGGAUUGCCCAGCGGGGAAGACAAGUUUGUUGCUAUGAUUGUGCUCAGUGUCCUGCGGGAAGGAUUUCAAUACAGACUGAUGCAGACCAGUGUGAGAUGUGCCCAGAAGAUCAAUGUCCAAAUGAGAAACAGGAUCAAUGCAUCCCCAAAAGAAUAACUUAUUUAUCCUAUGGAGAACCAUUGGGAGCGGUUUUGAUUUCUUUUGCUCUUUUGUUUUCCCUGAUCACCUUUGCUGUGAUUGGGAUCUUUGUUCAGCUCCGCAAAACUCCCAUUGUGAAAGCCAAUAACUGGAGCAUUACCUGUACGCUACUCUUCUCUCUGUUGCUUUGCUUUCUCUGCUCCUUCCUAUUCAUUGGUCAGCCUAGGAAGGUGACCUGCCUCCUCAGACAAACCGUGUUUGGCAUCACCUUUACUGUUGCUCUUUCUUCUGUGUUGGCCAAAACCAUCACUGUUGUUCUGGCCUUCCUGGCCACCAAGCCGGGAAACAGGUUGAGGAGAUGGAUAGGGAAGAGGCUGGCAGUAUCGGUCAUCAUUCUCUGUUCACUUAUUCAAACUGGAAUCUGUGCUGUGUGGCUGGCAACCACUCCCCCUUUCCCAGAGUUUGACAUGCACUCUCAGAUCAGUGAGAUCAUUGUGCAAUGCAAUGAAGGCUCAAACACCAUGUUCUACAUCGUCCUGGGCUACAUGGGUUUUCUGGCCAUCAUAAGUUUCACUGUGGCCUUCCUUGCGAAAAAGUUACCUGAUAGCUUUAAUGAAGCCAAGCUGAUCACCUUCAGCAUGCUGGUCUUUUGCAGUGUUUGGAUAACCUUUGUCCCAAGCUACUUGAGCACCAAGGGAAAAUACAUGGUGGCAGUGGAGGUCUUCUCCAUCAUGGCCUCUAGUGGUGGACUGUUGAGUUGUAUCUUCCUCCCCAAAUGCUACAUUAUUAUUCUUAGACCUGAUCUGAAUACCAGAGAGCAACUAGUAAGG